AUACCUGCGAUCAAGAAAAUAAAGCUCAAUUUAUGAAGACCCAUUUGAGUAUAUUGAAAAGAUGUAACAGAAAUGAAAUACAAAAUUAUCGACAACGACUUAGAAAUAUUGUUUGACAAGAAUGAAUAUAAAAUUCUUAUUUAUUGUGAAAGAUUUAAUGAAGAUACAAUUAUUUAUUAACAGCACUGGCAAUAUACAUAAUCACGUCACGAUUAUUAUAUGGAAAAGUAAAGAAAAGAUAGAUAUAAGGAACUGAAGAAACAACGAACGAUUUUGAGAAAGACAAAAAAAAAUUCAAAUACUUGAAAUAAUUAAAGAGAUCGAUGAUCUUAAUAAGGCACAAGAAAAGACAGUAAUAGUGACAACAGAAUAUAAUCCAUGGUGUGAAUACAGAAUGAUAUUAUGUAUUCAUCAAGUGAUUUAAGCCUCAUAGUUGAAUAGAAAUAUACAGAAAGGAAUAUCAAAACGAUUAUGAAAUCCAUCAUAAAAGCUGAUGAGAUAACAUCCGGAAAUUGAUCAGCCGUGGAUUAUUUAAUUUAAAACUCAAAAGCACUAACGUAUGGACAUAACCUUUAGUAACGGUUGAAGCAAUUACUUAAGUAACAGCAAAACUUUCUUGGUAAUUGAGUUCGUGGUUUGUGUAAUCUUGAAAGUAAAUCGGAAUAUGGAUAAUGAUGUUAUUGUGAUGGCCUCCGGAAGAGUUUAAAGGUUGUUAGGUACUCAAAGUGAACACGAUGACCUGGCGAAAAAGUGCUUGCGUAACGUGGACUUUAGUUUUAGUGGUUUUGUUUUUGUGUCCGUUAGUUUACUCGCGUCCUCAGGAGACUGUGUCACCAAUAAGUGAUCUAAGUAGCUCUACAGAAACAUCUAUAAGAAAUGAUGGCCCUGUCAGCAGCGAUUUAAUGAAAUCUGGUGAAAAUACGUCUGUGAUACAAGAACAAACAAACGAAAACACCUCAAGAGAUGUCAAAUCUAAAUCAGCUACAAUCAACGACUCAAUAAAAAAUGUUUCAAAUCAGUUAACAGAAACAAUUAAAAAUAAAUCAUCAAAUAGCACACUUGUGAUUGAUACGAGAAUUCCACCGAAGGUUAAAAAUCAACUAACUCUAAAGCAGCGAAUUAAAACUAGAAACGAUGAUAGUGGUAACUUUAUUGAAACCUCUCAUGCAGGUAUCGCUGUACCUGUUACAAUGGAGGAAUUAGAACAAGAAAAUAAGAUUAAUUCUUCGAACAGUGAAACAUCAACAGUAAGUGAAGGAAUUUCCACUUGGAUUUUAUUGAGUAACCCUGGUAAUAAAGAUAAUGAAAAUGCAUCAACUGAACCAACUAAAGUUGAAGAAACAGUGAAACCUAAGCCCACCAAUAAAAAUAAGCCAAAGCGACCCCAGAGUAAGCCAUCUGUAUCGAAAAGACCAAUCAUCGGAAGUACCAAUAAAUCUGACUUAGUUGCGGGAGGAUCAGCUAUCAGCGAAAAUGUUUAUAACAAGAUUAAGGAUACCGUUUUGUCUAAUGUCAAAAAGAAUAAAAAUAGCCCACCACGUUCAACAACUGUUUCUACCACGACCAUGCUAGUCGCGACUGAACCUGCAACAAAAAAAGAUGAGAUAAUUCAAGCAUCUUCCAAAAAAGAUUCUGUAACUAAGCCUUCAACAACUGUCGCACCAGUAGGAAAAGUUAAAUCAAAGCCUGCCAAAAAAAAGGAUAAAAAUAAAACCAAGACAACUACAAAAUUAGUACCAAAUGUGAGUGUAUCAGCAAUGCUACCAAUGGAAGCUAAGGAACAAGAAAUUGAAUUAGAGGUGAGUACUCCACCAACUACCACCAAAAAACCUAAGCGAACAUCGACACGAAAGAAGACGAAAACCAAAAAACGGAAAACAUCCAAGCCAAAACCAGAAGUAACCACAUCAACUGCUAUCUCAAGCGAACUUAAAACUGCGAACAAAACAAAAUCUACAAAGACAUCGAAAAAACCCACUACUGAGACAGGCCCUUUCACAAGUCAAAUUUAUAACUAUUUUUCAAGGGAAGUCAUGCCAUCAGUUGGUGUCGGAGUUAUUGGCUUAGCUGGACUAGUGGGGCUUGCUAGUUACUUCUUAUAUCCAUUUGCAACGCCUGUUCGUCGUACUUUUGAAGUUGAUAAAAAAGAUGAUAUAUACAAAAACAAUGCUGAGGAGUAUGCAAAUGAAGGAAAUGGUCAACCGGAAGAGGAAAUGUUGGGUACUGUUUUAGCGGGUAUGCCCGCACAUGCAAAACAUAAGUUAAACCCUUACGCUGGUCAGACCACAUAUACGAGUAGAUAUCCUAUUAAAAAAGAACAACAAGAUCUGCGUUAUAGGCAUGUUGCUACCAAGUAUGAACCCAAUUAUAAUGCUCACUAUCCUCAACAAAAAACGGGUAUAGCACAUGGUGCUGUUUAUCCUGACUCAUACAAUUAUCAUCACCGUCAACCUCAGUAUGAAACAAGAAAUGCGUAUACUACAUCUUAUCCUGCAGCAGAACCCAUAUUUGCUGUUCCUCAAACAGCUCCCUCAGAAAUUUCCUCUUAUGGAAGUGAUUCAUCCAGUUCAGUUGUUUAUGGCGUGAAACCCUCUCCUGAUACUGAUUUUAAGCCGGUGUACCCAUAUGAGACUCAAUAUUACGGAGAAACAACAAGUAGCUCCGCUACCUAUCCUCCACAGACAUCGAUGUAUUUAGGUUCAAACAGUGAGCCGGAACAUCUUGAAAAUGAUAAGUACAUCGAAGAAUCAAGUGUUGAGGGUGAUAGUGAAGAUAAUAAGUUUGUUGUUGGUAACGUACCAAAAGAGCUGUCGGAUUCUGAAACACCAGCAGUAGUUCCUGAACAUGGACCGAGAAAUUUGCAUAGAAAGCGAAGAAAUACUUCACGCAAUAAGCGUAGUAUCGUGGGAUCAAUUGAAGAGAUUUUAAAAGCAGCCAGUGAAAAAGAAAAAGAUAUAUUUUUGAGCAAUGAAAUAGACGAGGCUCUUGGUACUACAGUAAAUAUGCAUCCUUCAAUAGUGACAUCAACUACAGAAAAAAAUAUAAAAAUGGUUGAUCCUGUUUAUGCCAUACCAAUGAAUCUAAAAGAUACUAUCCGCGAUAACACCAAUGACACACGAAAUGAAAUAAUUGAAAGUGUAUCAACUGUUCCUGUAAAUGAAGAUAAAAUUGUGAAAUAUACCAAGACUGAAAUGUUAAACGACGUAGACUCAACCACAAAAUCUUUCAAAGUAUACGAAGUAUUUACUACGACAGAAAAGAGCAAUGUAAAAACGAACAACUAUGAAACAAUUAAAUCAGAGAUAACAUCUGCAGGGAAUCCUAGUACAGAAACGACGACCGAACAUAAAUUGGAUACAACAUCAACUAUGCCAACCCUUAUUGAUACUACAAGCAAACAAUCAAAUCCAACUUACUUUCCCGAAAUAAUAACAUACCCACCUCCAUCUAAUAUUGGCUACGGAUUUUUCGAUUUUAUUAAGCGAAUGGUAGAUUUUAAAUAUAGAUUAGGUCUCAGUAUUCUUCAAUCGACGUCUGAGUCCCUCAAUAGAUACUUAAGAAGCAUGGAAGACUCAAUACAGAGAGCUGCCAAGGCAUCUCAUUAGUGUACAACUUUAUAAUUAACAAAACACUAUACAUACUGUAACUUAAACAUUUGUGUGGUAAACUUCGUGAUAAAGAUUUUGACUGCCUUCUUUUAUAUAAAAGUUACAUUAUUAUUAUAUUAUAUUUGCAUUUAUUAGACUUAUUAUCGC